CUCAUGCCGGCUCCAUCGCAUCAACGCAUAUCAACAAUCAGCCAUUCCAAGUGCCAAAACUCUAGGUUCUCCACACAGCCACGCUAAGCUAUAUAAAACCCGUUGAAUAAAGAUGGCCAAACCGGGCGAAAAACACCAGAUCCGUAUGCCGGGACUGGUCUUGGACCAGAUUCGGACCAAGGAGGAAAGCGGUGAAUAUGGCAAGGAUGCACGAUUUGCCAGGAAGCGGAAAGCCACGGGAAAGCCCGUUUCUCGUAAGGAGAAAAGAAGGGAAGAGCGCAUGUUGAAAAAGCAAAAGCAUCUGAAAGGUGGCUCCCAUGCCCAGCCGCAGUAUCAACACAGGCAGCCUCCCAAAACCGGGAAAGUGCAACAUCAAGACUCAGACAAACACAACGACAAAGCUCAGUCACAAGGAAAACACGCCGACGACGAGGACCCGAUUGCGGCAUUAAAAGCCCUCAAGGCUUUGAAACAAAAGAAGUCCAGCAAAUCCGAAUUGAAGAUCGUCAAGGAGUCCGAGCUCGAGAGUGAAUCGGACCUCAACAGCGACGAUCCCUCUAGUGAAGAUGGCUUCGAUGGGUUUUCCGACGAUGAAAGUAAUUCAAAUAUGCGGAAGCCUCAUAGCAAGAAUCUGGGAUCUGACAUUCGUAUUGUGAAGGAAGAUGAUCUCGACUCGGACAAUUUCUCAGAAGAUUUCGAGACCGACCUUGAAGAGCAAGAUGGAGAAUAUGACAGUGACCCAUUGGCUGCUCUUGCGAAACUCAAGCACAAGAAAUCCUCGAAACAAGCGCCUCAGAGUGAAAGCGAAGACGGGUUUCCGGAUGAGGACUCGGAUCAAGGUGACUUAUCUGACAAUGACUUCGAUAGUGGAAAUGAAGAUUUAGAAGAAGAGCGAGACCCGCUAGCAAAACUCAAAGCUUUGAAGGAAGCCAAAAAGAACGGCGCCAACCACGCCGAUGACUCGAAGAAGAAAAGCAAACAGCGCAAGGAAAAGAUCAUCGAGGCCACCUUUGGCGACGACAAUAUUGACAGAGAUAUGGAGUAUUACGCCAAGAAGCUAGGACUCAAAAAUGGAAAAAAGUCAAAACUCACAAAGCUCGACGACGACGACAUUGUGGGUGGUCUUCUCGAUGGCUUGGAUCUUGACUUUUCGGACGACGAGGGAGAUAUCCAGGAAGAAGCAGAACUGGGCGAAGAUUCUCUUGACUACUCCGAUGACUUCUCUGACGAUAGUGGCUCUGAGGAAGAGACACACAAGAAAGAAAACCCGUUUGUGGCUCCCGUGCUGGACCAGGAGAGUGAUGGUGGGAAUCUGGACGAAGAAUCUAAGCCUUCAAAGUACAUUCCGCCAGCCAUGCGCCGCAAGCUUGCGCUCGAAAGUUCUGGUGUCUCUGCUGAGACACUAGCGCUUCAAAAGUCAAUCAAGGGACCCAUCAACAAGCUUUCAGAGGCUAAUAUUGGAACCAUUGCCAAUGAAAUCAACGGUCUUUUCCUCACCAAUCCAAGACAAUCAGUCAACGAGAACUUGACCACGAUUCUCAUGGAUAGUGUCAUUCAACAAGGUAGAUUGUUAGAUACUUUUGUCUAUCUUCACUCUGCAUUGGUAGUUGCUAUUUACCGUGCACAAGGCGUGGACUUUGGCGCACAUUUUAUUCAGAGUCUAGUGGAAAAACUUGAGUCCUCACGCGUGGAUGCUUCGAAAUCAAAACAGGCUCUCAAUACGGCUUCUCUCCUUUCUUCUGUCUACGCAUUCCAAUUGGUCUCAUCCAAACUCUUGUAUGAUCUUAUUCGCGAUCUUAUCCAGGAUCUCUCCGAGUCAAACGCCGAGAUUUUGCUUAAAAUUAUUCGUACUUCGGGAAAUCAAAUGAGAGCCGACGAUCCUGGCGCUUUGAAAGAGAUCGUGCUUUUGGUGAACAAAAGCGCCUCGGCGCAGUCCAAAAUUAGUCCUCGAAUGCAAUUUUUGAUUGAUACAAUUGCCUCAUUGAAGAAUAACAAGCUCAAAUUGGAGAAUGAGGCAAGUCACCAACUAACAAUCCGCCUCAAGAAGUUCUUGGGUAAUUUCAUACUGGGCAAAUCCGCGGACCCACUUCAAGUGUCUCUUGAUGACAUUCGCAACAUCGAAACAAAAGGUAAAUGGUGGUUGGUUGGAUCUGCUUGGAAAGGGCUUGACGAGAAAAACCAAGCUCUUGCUAAUAUCGAGAUGGUCAACGAUGUUUUGGAUAGUGCUGAACCCAAUUGGUUGGAAUUGGCCAAAACACAGAGAAUGAACACCGAUAUCAGAAGAGCAAUCUUUAUUUCAAUCAUGUCCGCCAACGAUUACAUUGAUGCUGUCACUAAACUUGAUAAAUUAGCCUUGAAAAAAGCACAAGAAAGAGAAAUUCCGCGUAUUGUUGUGCAUUGCGCAGUGGUGGAACCAGCUUGGAAUCCCUACUAUGGAAUUUUGGCUUCCAAACUUUGUGAUUCUCAUUCCUACAGGAAAACAUUUCAGUUCAUGUUAUGGGAUCUUGUGAAAGGUUUUGAUGGCAAUGAUGGGAGCGACGACGAGGAAGAUGUAUUUACUGGGUUCGAUGAUUCUGAGAGCGAUGACGACAAACUAAAGAAAAUCUUGAACUUGGGCCGUCUUUAUGGCAAUUUGUUUGCGGAGGGUUCUUUGGCUCUACACAUCCUAAGAACCGUGAAUUUUGUGUCUGCUUCUGCCGAUGUUAAGCUUUUCAUGGAGAUCCUCUUAGUCACAUUCCUUGAUCAAAUUGCCAAGAAAUCCCAAGUAAACUCUAUCGGCGUUGGUCUUGUCGGCAAGAAAGGUAUGUCUGAGCAAAAAUUUGACGACCGCACUUUAAUUGAGCGCAUCUUGAAAGCAAAAGACGAACCUGGCUUACUCAAAGGCAUCAGUCAUUUCAUCUCCCGCAAUCUUCGUGACAGUCACUUUAUUACUGGCAGAAAACAGAGAAAGAGGGUCGAAUGGGGUAUUAAGUCUAUGACUGACAUCAUCGAAGAGAUUGUGAAAGAGACGGAAUUCUAGAAAUGUAUAUACAGCCGGGCUUCGAGAUCUCAUUUUCGAAGUAGUAAUAAAUAAUUUGGAUAUUCGAGAUAUAGCAGAAUC